ACUGAAAGUCCGGUGACUUUCAUUUUGGUGAGGAUUGCUGCAUACACUACACGCAAUGUAUUCGUCACAUUGGACUAGAAGACUGAGAGCUGGCCGAGAUAGCUAUAGCGAAAGAUUGGAAGCAGGCGAAGAAGAAGAAAAGAAGGAGGAAGGUGGUGGCGAAGAGAAGAAGGAAGGCGAAGAGAAGAAGGAAGGCGAAGAGAAAAAGGAAGGCGAGGAGAAGAAGGAAGGCGAGGAGAAGAAGGAGGGAGAAGAGAAAAAAGAAGGAGAGGAAAAGAAAGAAGGCGAAGAGAAGAAGGAGGGAGAGGAGAAGAAGGAAGGCGGUGAGGAGAAAAAGGAAGGAGAGGAAAAGAAGGAAGGCGAAGAGAAGAAGGAGGGAGAGGAGAAGAAGGAAGGCGGUGAGGAGAAAAAGGAAGGAGGUGAAGAGAAGAAAGAGGAAAAGAAGGAGGGUGAGGAAAAGAAAGAGGGCGAGGAGAAGAAAGAAAGCGAGCAGAAGAAGCCUGAAGAAAAAAAAGAGGGCGAAGAAAAGAAAGAAGUAGAUAUUAAAGCAGAAGGAUUGGAGAAGAAACCCGAGGAGAAGAAAGAAGAAGCAAGCAAGAGUCCAGAUGAGGCGAAAAGUAAGCCUACUUCUAUUAGCAAAGAAAGUAAGGAGAGCAAAGAGAGCAAGGAAAAAGAAAAGAGUAAGGCAAAGCCAGUCGAGGGGAAACUUACGGGUAGUCUUGCAUUUGCUGUGUUCGCUGUGGUCUUGGGAUCCUUCCAAUUUGGUUAUCACAUAGGAUGUGUGAAUACUCCAGAGAGAAUUAUUAAAGAUUGGAUCAAUGGUUCGCAUACAAAACAUUUUGGUUCGCCUCUUGACGAAGCAAAGAUGAAUAUUGUGUGGGGUAUUACCGUGUCACUUUUUCCUGCCGGUGCAGCCAUUGGUGGAUUAAUAAGCGGAGCGUUGGCUGACAAAGCUGGUCGACGUAACGGUUUAUUGUACACAAACAUCUUCGCGUUUGUCGCUUGUGCCUGUAUGGGUUGCUCAAAGAUGGUUGGCUAUUAUCAUCUCAUUAUCGUUGGACGUUUCCUGAUUGGAAUUUAUGCAGGCCUUACUGUGCUCGUGCCUAUUUACCUUACGGAAGUUUCGCCUACAAAUCUUCGCGGUAUGCUUGGUUCUCUCCAUCAGCUGUUUAUUACUAUUUCUAUACUGUUUUCACAGAUCCUUGGAAUACCGUUCGGUACACCUGACCUCUGGCCUAUAAUUUUGUCCUUUACGGCUAUCAUUGCCCUCGUUCAAGUACUUGUACUGCCAAUGGUUCCGGAAUCGCCUAAAUGGACCUGCACAGUAAAAGGAGAUGUCGAUAAAGCAACAGCAGAUUUGGAAAAGUUGCGAGGAACCUCAGAUGUCGGAGCUGAAAUUGAUGCAAUGAAGGAUGAAGCAGCGGCGGCUAAAGGCUCAGGGACUGUUUCGUUUGGCGAUAUGUUCCGUGGGACUCUGAGAUGGCCGAUGAUCAUCGCUAUAGCGUUGAUGAUGGCACAACAAUUUUCUGGAAUCAAUGCGGUCAUGUUCUACUCAACUUCAAUCUUCGAACAAGCUGGUCUCAUCGGUAAUGCGGCAAAGAUCGCAACCAUAGGUAUGGGUUGCGUCAACGUAGCGAUGACGAUCAUCUCUACAUGGCUGGUGGAUCACCCUAAAGCUGGUCGUCGUACGUUGCUUCUCAUUGGAAUGGUGGGAAUGUUCAUUUCUACGGCCUUGCUGACUUUGUCGAUCACUUUCUCGAGGAAAGGGCAUACAUGGGUGGCCUGGGGUGCAGUCAUAUUCGUCAACACAUUCGUCAUAUCAUUCGCCACUGGAGCAGGCUCCAUUCCCUGGUUCUUCGUGUCAGAAAUCUUUGCUUCAAAAGCCAGAGGAAAUGCAAAUGCUGUAGCAACCAUGACAAAUUGGAUCUGUGCCGGUCUUGUCGGACUAUUGUUUCCCCCUAUAAAUGGUAAAAUCGAACAGUUUUCUAUCCUAAUUUUUACUGCCUGCCUGGCAAUCUUCGAAAUAAAGGCUCCGUACAUGUGAACUUCGCUGCGAAUUCAACGUUUGGGCGAACCCUCAUCCACCCCUUGUGUAAAUAUUUUUCUGUGCAUUUUCUCGAAAUGUUACCACAUUCGCUAGAAACUUAUCGUUGUUCGUCUUUUAUGUGUGCGGAUCUGUUCUACUCCUGUCUGUACGUCUCUUUUCUGUAAAUGUCGCUUUUUCCAAAGUGUUUAUUUGAUCGCGCUUAUUUUCUCUUGAUCUAUUGAUCUCAGAUAAAGUUUAAGAGCGC